GAUUAUCGACUUUCGGGCCAAAGGUGGCAAUAUUUCUGAAACAGCGCAAUGUUUGUGAACCGUUCGCAUGCUGCUGUGGUGAAGGAGUUUCGUGACCGGACAAAUGCACCAUUGUGAAUAACCAACAUGGAAACUGCGGAGCACCACGUGUCAUUGAUGUGAGAGGUGAACGUCGGCUACAAAGUGUUUGUGAGGGAGAUCUGGAGAAAGCCGACAUACCCAGCCUUCAGGGACUGUUACCUGCAGAGAAAAAAAAAUUUAUAUCCCAGUGUGAAUCCACAAGAACGAUGUGCAUUCCACCCAACAAGAGUCAAAACUCAGGAGCCCCAGGGAACUUUUUGCCUUCUAAACACAGAGCAACCCUGCUGACCGUCAGUGGCGAAUUUCAAGAUGAUUGGGGAUGAUGGACACCGGUGAGCACUGAAAGUGGUGCAAAACAAUAAGCACGUCCAGCCUGGAUCCUCCCUCUUAAAGAGUGCAGCUGUCUAGGUUCAUUAGCUUGACGAUGGUCACACUUCGUUGGAAUUGCUUCCAUCGCUGCUUCUGCCCAUCAUCCAUCCUUGCAGCCAUGAGCUCACAGGCUGCCCAGCUGUCCUACCACUAUAAGUCUUUUUGUGGAGAUUAUGAAAGGGUGGAGACUGCACUAGAGAGGCUGGAGGCCAGUGGCUACUACUGGAGCACUCUCUCAGGUACUGAAGCCAAAAAACUGUUAUCUGACCAGCCAGUCGGGUCCUUUCUCAUCCGUGACUCUUCAGACCACCACCAUUUGUUUACCCUUAGUCUUCGCACAUCUGCUGGGAUUACCAACCUACGCAUCAAACUGGAGGGAACGUCUUUCUACCUUGAGACAUUGGCCGGUGCAGAAAGCCCACCAACCUUUCCAUGUGUGGUGAAACUGGUUGAACAUUAUAUGCGUUUAACGGCAGCCGGGGAGUCUGACUCUAAUCUAUGCUACAUCGAAGGGAAGGAACAGCCUGUUCCUCUUAUGCUUACACAACCACUUAAUUGUAAAGUGGUUUCUCUACAGUAUUUGUGCAAAAGGACAGUGGUGGCCAACAUGCCAGCAGAAGCAUCUGGCUCUGACGGGAACUUGGAGGAACUUCCUGUUUCUAAGAUGCUUCGGAAUGCCUUUCAAAACUAGAAAUAGCUAAUUUAAGAUAAAUAAGUUUCAUUGGAGACUCUUAAAAUACCCUAAGGCAGUCUCUUAAAUAAAAUGCUUUCAGGAUUUUUGGUCUAUGUUUUGUUAAAUUCAGUAUGAAGUCAUCCAGGAAAGUGAACAUGAAAUGAACUUAUUAGAACACAUCUUUCAAAGAUAAAAGAAAUUUGUCUGCUGGAGAUAAUAGUAGAUUAUUUCCUUAUAUGGAGUUUACCUAGAUGAAACCCUAUUAUGUAAUUCGGCUGACAUUCAACUUCCAUGUAUUGCCACAUUUGUUUGUUUAAACGUAUUCAUUUAUCAACGCUUCACAAACAGUGAGAUAAGGAGCAUGAAAUCAGCAGCAGAACAAGUGAGUGGCAUUAGGUAAAUAUAAGUAAUUACAUUUAGAAGAAAAUACACAAUAUUUUAUAUGAAAAUAUCCUUUUAACACUUUCAGAUAUGAAAAACACUUGUUCUUUGUGUUAUAUUAAUUGAUGCCACAUGACUUAUAAAGCAUAAUCCUAUUACAUUCCUGCAUACUUCCCUACAAAUCCUAAUAUACUCCCAAACAGGCCCAGCCAUGCCCCAGUGUGUACAUGCUAAUAUUGUUUCUUGCAAGAUUGUUCUCCUUUUUAUGGUAAGUCACGUGCCCUUUUGGAUUUUCGGCAUAAAUAUCAUUGAAUUAGACACAGUUGGCCUGAAGCAGCGUUGAACCCAAGUUCGAUUUCAAAGAAUAUCUGUAUUUUUGUGAAGAGGCACAUUA